GGGGCGAGGCGCUGCCUUCAGGGCCAGCCAGUCCACCAUGCACGCCCACCGCCUGCGGAUCUUCCUGCUGCACGCCUGGUGGGCCGUGCUCCAGGCGGGCGCCGCGACGGUGGCCACCGCGCCCCUACGUCUGCGGGGACAGCCCUCGUCGCCGUCCCCUCUCGCGUACAUGCUGAGCCUCUACCGCGACCCGCUGCCCCGGGCGGACAUCAUCCGCAGCCUGCAGGCGCAAGAUGUGGAGGUGGAUGGGCAAAACUGGACCUUUGCUUUUGACUUCUCCUUCCUGAGCCAAGAAGAGGAUCUUGCAUGGGCUGAGCUCCGGCUGCAGCUGUCCAGCCCUGUGGACCUCCCCAUUGAGGGCCCACUCACCAUUGAGAUCUUCCACCAGCUGAAGCCAGAUGCAGAGCAGAACACAGCAGGCUGCCUGGAGCGUUUUCGGAUGGACCUGUUCACUGUCACUCUGUCCCAGGUUACCUUUUCCUCGGAAAGCAUGGUCCUAGAGGUGACCAGGCCACUCUCCAAGUGGCUGAAGCACCCUCGGGAACUGGAAGAGCAGAUGUCCAGUCUGGCCAGAGAGUGCUGGCAGCAGCCCCUGAUGCCACCCAGCACUGAUGGGCUCCUAGUGCUCUACUCCAACCUCUCUCAGGAGCAGAGACGGCUGGGCAGCUCCACCUUGUUGUGGGAAGCUGAGAGCUCCUGGCGGGCCCAGGAGGGACAGCUGUCCCGCGAGAGGGGCAGGAGGCAUCGUCGAUAUCACUUGCCAGAUAGAAGUCAACUGUGUCGGAAAGUCAAGUUCCAGGUGGACUUCAAUCUGAUUGGCUGGGGCUCCUGGAUCAUCUACCCCAAACAGUACAAUGCCUAUCGCUGCGAGGGCGAGUGUCCUAACCCUGUUGGGGAGGAGUUUCAUCCGACCAACCACGCAUACAUCCAGAGUCUGCUGAAACGUUACCAGCCCCACCGAGUCCCUUCCACCUGCUGUGCCCCAGUGAAGACCAAGCCACUGAGCAUGCUGUAUGUGGACAAUGGCAGAGUGCUUCUAGAUCACCAUAAAGACAUGGUUGUGGAAGAAUGUGGGUGCCUCUGAUGAGAUCCUGGAGGGAUGCUGGAUUUGCUUGCACUCUGGAAGG